AUGUCAUCCUCUUCCGGUGAAACCAUUACUGUGUCUGCGUCACAGUCCAUCCUCUCCGUCAACAUGAUGAACAUGACUAAGCUCACCAGCACAAACUUCUUGAUGUGGAGUCGUCAAGUCCGUGCAUUGCUCGAUAGUUACGACCUCAUCGCCUAUGUCGAUGAAACCGUUGUCGUUCCCCCACUCACAACCACCACCGAUGGUGUUACCUCCGACAACCCAGAUUACAAGAUCUGGAAGCGACAAGAUCGCUUGAUUUACAGUGCACUUUUGGGUGCUAUCUCUCUCUCCGUUCAACCGUUGCUCUCCAACACCACCACCUCUGCUGAGAUCUGGUGUGACAAGUUGAUUGAGGCUUAUUUCCAAGGUCUUACCACACGGUUUGAUCAGUUGGCUCAUUUGGGUAACCCCAUGGUGCAUGAAGAUCAGCUCGAGAAGAUUCUCGGUGGUAUUCCAGAGGAGUUCGGUCGUGUUGUCGAUCAGCUUGAAGGACGUGAUCGAACUCCGACUCUUGCUGAGGUUUACGAGAAGUUGCUUUAUCAUGAAGUUAAACUCAAGAGUGUUGUCAUGUCUUCGCCGUAUCUUCCAGCUACUGCGAAUGCCGUCAAUGUUCGUGGUUCUCAGUCUCGCGGACAAUCUCGUGGCUAUCAACACAACUCUCGUCAACACAACGCUUUGCGCUCACAAAACUCUGCUCCUCGUGGCUAUCAAGGUCGUUGUCAGAUUUGUGGCGUCUAUGGCCAUAGUGCACGCCGUUGCUCUCACUUUCAAGUUUCUGGUGCUCCUUUCAACAACAACACUCCGACAUCCGUUCCAUGGCAGCCCCGCGCUAACAUGGCCACCACAACUCCAUGGCUUCUUGAUUCGGGGGCUACUCAUCAUCUUACGACCGACUUGAGCAAUCUCUCUCUCCAACAGCCUUACAAUGGCGGUGAAGAGGUUACCAUUGCCGACAACACUGGUCUUCCUAUUUCCCACACGGGUGAAGGAUCUCAAAACGGGGGUCCGGUUGCUGCAAGGGAGAACUAA